GUUUCUUCUCAUAGGCUAAUAUCAGGAUAGACCAACCAACAUAUCAACAUGGAUAAGUUCCGUAUGAUGGCCCAGAUUCUCCAGUCCAACCAAGAGUCUUUUAUGAAUGGUAUUUGUGGCAUCAUGGCCCUGGCGAGCGCUCAGCUCUACACAUCUUUUGAAUUCAACUGUCCCUGUAUCCCUGAAUACAACUACUCGUAUGGGAUCAGUAUGCUAGUUAUUCCACCUAUAUGGUUCUUCCUUUUGGGUUUUGUACUAAACAACAAUGUCUCGAUGCUGGCGGAGGAGUGGAAACGGCCAAUGGGACAGCGGAGGAAGGACCCUGCGGUCAUGCGCUACAUGUGUGUGUCCAUAUCCCAGCGUUCGCUCAUCGCGCCAGCCGUUUGGAUCUCAGUGACUCUGAUGGAUGGUAAAAGCUUCCUGUGUGCCUACAGUAUGGACCUGGAUAUGUCAGAAUUUGGCAAGAAUGUAAGUGGAUACGGACUGUCUCAAGAGGAACUCUUACGAACACUGGCCAAAAUACCAUGCAAGCAUAUAUAUGAUGGCCAGCACAUCCUAUCAAGAGAGGCCGCCACCAGAUACAUAAGCUGUAUUUCACAGGCUUUUGGAUGGUUGUUCUUGUUGAUAAUCACGAUCGCUGCAUUUCUGAUCAGAGCCAUUCGUCCCUGCUUCACUCAGGCCGCCUUUCUCAAAACCAAAUACUGGUCCCACUAUGUAGACACGGAGCGCAAGGUGUUUGAUGAGACCUGCACAGAACAUGCCAAAGGUUUCGCCAAGAUCUGCAUCAAGCAAUACUUUGAAGGUAUUAGUGGCGAGAUUCAAAGCUUCCAGGAUAAUUUACAUGGAGAUGAUAGCGAUGAUGAGGGCGAUAAACCUGCUACAGAUGAAGACAAACUGAUGGGCGUUCGUCGACUGGACACCAUGAACAAGGUGCUGUGGGACUGGCACACGUGUAAACCUCCGCUGACUCUGAGAAAGUCUGGCGAUGCUAGCACCGGGCAAAAUGGCGAUUGUAGCAUAAAUGCUAGCAAAAAUCAAAAUGGAAAUGUCUGUGAUAAAACUGACCUUAACGAGGGCCAAAAUGGCUUCAGAUGCGGUUAUGUGAAUCCUGGCCUUGAAAUUGGCCAGAGUGAAUUGGGCAAGGAACACAACAAUGCUAGCUUUAGCACUGAACAAAACGGUUUGACUAAUAGACAUAGCAAUGCUAGCACAAGCCAAAACGGAUUCAUGAAUGGUUGUGUCUCUUCUCCCGGUAAUACUCAAAGGAAAGCAUGGGCAGUGUAUUAUAGCAAGGUCUGAGAUAUAUAGAUGUCACGUAUGUUGUCUUAAACACCAAAAUACAUUAAGGUCUUGCAGUUAUAUAUUAGCCUACGUGUCACAUUAAAUAGCUAAAGCAAUGAAUUAUAAUUAUAGUUUGAUCUUUACAUUAUAUUAAUAUUAAAGAUGUGGCACUAUUUAGAGUGCAAAAUAUAGUAAAACAGUAAAAGUCGUAAAUUAAUGUGAGAAUUAAUGUGACCAUAAAGCAUAAGAAUGUAUACAGAUUUGAAAUAAAAUUCUGUCACUUUGUGCCACCAGAGGGCAAUAUAUACAGCACAUCUCACCAGGUUUGACAGGCUUUUUUUAUACUCUCUAGUUCAGUGGUUCUCAAUUUCAGUUCCCGCUACCACCACAACUCUGCAUAUUUUCCAUGCUCUUUUAUUUAACUCACCUGAUUCAGAAAAGCAGCUCGUUAGAAGAGAGCUCCUGUGAACUGUGGUCCGAUUGACAUGGUCCCUACAGAGGGUUAUUUGCUCUUUACUCUGUAAAUAAAUACCAUUUCAUUUCACGUCUCACACCCCUUAUAAGGACACGCUCCCUUCAAACUGGAAUCAUGGAAGAAUAUCUUGAUGUACACUUCGCAGGGC